AUGGCUUGUGGUGUGGUGUCGGGAUGGUGUGGUGUACCGGGGAGGCUGCGUGCCCCUGCACCAAUGGGAAGAACGGCGUUUGGCGUUGGGAAGUCCGCCUGGCGGUCGGAAGUGGCGAGCCGAAGGAGGUAUCGGCGGGCACUUCGGAGAUGGCGCGUCGGGCCGUCAGCUCGGACAGGUAGAAGUGGCAUGACAAGAAGUGUGCGCCGUAUGUGGUGCGCAGCGUCGUUGGGACUGCUUUCGUGGUCUUGGUGCAGUGUGUGGGUUUGUGUGCGGAUGGUUCGUACGUCCGCACACCACGGCGCCCAUGUCGGAGCUGUCUUUUUCAUGUCUAUGUCUGACUUCACGGUCUCGACGACACGCAGACGCAGAGCAAGUCGUCGUUUGCGACGACACGAUGCGAAAAAAAGUUUCAGUGGGCAAGCUGAUGCCAGCGCCUGGCGCUGGCAUCUGUAG